AUGUGGCGGCACCGCAGGAAAGAGAAUGCAAGAAGAGCCCGCGAGCUGGCCGCGCUGCGAGAGUCCGGCUGCAUGCGACAGGUAGGCGUGGAGAGAUGGCUGGAAGAGCAGCGGAGCGAUAUCGUUGCGUGCAGCAGAAGCAACAACAACAAGAAUGUCCAUGAUUUUGGCCGGUACGCGCAAGAACCGUGUGCCGUCUGCCUCUCGACCCUGCUACCCUCGUCGCCGUCGCAAUCGUCGCUUCCGUGCUCGGAUCCAGAGCGUUACCCACAAGGCACAUCUGAUCUGGGCCCGCCUGCGGAGGCAUCCCUGCUCGUUCUCAAUCGCUGCGGUCAUGCGUUUCAUUGCUCCUGUCUUGCGUCAUGGUGGGAAUACCGUCCGUACAGGUGCCCAGUAUGUCAGACAUCGUACGCCCCGGAAGAAUGA